UUAGUUCAAAUUGCCGGCUACCUUAAAUAGACGUACGAAGUCCUAUCGAUUCUACAGUGUAUCGCGCUAGUUCAAGGAUGGGUUACGCUAUUCAACGUUUUGUAAGCAAUAUAGACCCGAAUUUAAUUUGUGGUAUUUGUGCGAACGUUUUGAAAGACGCAGUCAUAACACCGUGUGGCCAUAGUUUUUGUCAACAAUGUUUAGAGACGUGGCUUGAUCGAUCAGAGACCGAUACUUGUCCAACUUGUCGAACGACAACUUUAGUUUUUGACCUCAUCCCUGUCUUAGCCGUGCGAGGAAUCGUUGGGAACCUUCAUACGAGCUGCGAAAAUGCGGAAAACGGUUGCAAAAUGGUUAUGAAAUUAGACAGCAUCGCCGGUCAUGUUCGUCACUGCGAAUACGCUUCAGUGAAAUGUUACGGUUGUGGAGAGCAAGUGAAGAAAUUCGAAGUUCCUGAACAUCAUGCAAACUGUAAAAGCGUCAAAAGUUUAACUAAAGGUGACAGAAAACCGAAGAAUUCUGUGGUGGAGGAACUAUCCAAGACCGUUGCCUCGUUAGAAGCGGAUUUGAAACGAACCAAAAAAGCGUUGAAGAUUUCUCAAGAUGAAGUUCGGAAAGUCGAACGGGAAUUGCGGGAAAUUAGGAACGAUUUUAACACAAGAGAAGGUGAACAGAAUGCAUUUGAUCAAGACUGGGAUCCGGAUUAUAAUUACGGUUAUUCUCCACAAAGCAUCUCGCUAUUAGCUCGACUGAUAUCAAGAUAUUUGCUGGAAAAACCGUUUUACAUCGACAGGAACCGCAUCUUCACCGCCGCUAAACGCUGCUAUGAUUUCUAUUACAACUACCCUGGCUACACUCAAGACGUACACAUGCUCGUUGCAACUUGUUUUGCUUCGAAUUGGUUCAGCGAACAGCAGAGAAAACAUUUUAAUCGUUGGCUAGGAGUUGUCGUGACACCUCAGUGUUCAAGAUAAGCUGUAGUGAAUGAUAAAUGAACAUUACGAUAACACGCAAUUAAUAUCACUUCAAGUGGACUGAAAUCACGGGGUGCUUUUGUCUUCACACGGCUUGGAAAAUAUUAAUUACUUGCUAAUAACUAUUGUUAUGAAAAUUUCUUCUGAAGCUGACGUAUAGAAUACGAUAGUGACAAGAAUACAAGAUAUAAACAAAUUCAAUCGAACAGUAAAUUAAAGAAUCGUAAUGUAUUAUAGGAUUCAAGUUUAGACUGAAUUGUAGCUACAUUCUACAAUAUUUUCUUACAUAGUACUGACGUUGAAAGGACAUUGUUUAUUAUUUUUCUCACUAUAUUGUAAAGUAAUCAAUGUGUAUCGCUUCGUAUCCGUAAAUGGAAUGAAAUGCCCUGCGUCCAGACUGCUGUCUGUAAUGCAUAUUGCAGAGUGCAGACGAUCAUAAAUUAAAACCGGUAAAAAGUAAUUUCAAUCUGACAGUCUAACUUUUUACAGCUGAACUGGCCAGCUGAAAAUCGCCUAGACAGAAUCAAGGACCUGAUUCAAACUGGAUCGA